AAAACUCGGCUUUUUAAAAAAACUAGUCUGAACCAAGGAUCUGAACCUUGGGUCUGGAUCCCGGGUCUGAGCUCUAUGUCUAAAUCACGGGUCUGUGCUACAGGUUCUUGUCAAAGCAGGCCUAAGCACCAAAUUGGGUCCUAAAUUUUACGUCCAAGCAAAUUAACAACAAUAUUAAAAUACAAUAAGACUAUCACUCUAACAAGAUAUGUCUGCUUACAAGAACUUUAGAUCUUCGACCAGACUAUUAAAAAAAGAUUUCUAUAAAAUAUUAGGAGUGCCUAAUAAUGCUUUAGAAAGAGAUAUUAAAAAAGCAUAUUAUGAUCUAGCUAAAAAAUAUCACCCUGACACAAAUAAUGAUGCUAAAGCCAAAAUUAAAUUUCAGGAGGUAUCUGAGGCAUAUGAAAUUUUAAGUGAUAAAUCCAAACGCCAACAAUAUGAUCAAUGGGGUUCUGCAACUGAUUUUGGAUCUACGGAUACUCACAAUACAAAUAAUGAAACAUACCCAGGAUUUGAUUUUUCUCAGUUUCACUCUAAUGUUGAUCCUGAGGAAUUAUUUAGAAAGAUAUUUGGUAAUUUUGGCAAUGCUGGAACAGGGAAUCAACAGAGAGGCUUUUCUUUUUCAGAUUUUUCUGAUAGCAUAUUUGGCCAUGAUGCAUCUAAUGAAGUAACAUUAAAUUUAACCUUCCAACAAGCAGCCAGAGGUGUCAAUCAGGAAAUAUAUAUAAAUAUAUUAGAUACAUGUCCUAAAUGUAAAGGAUCAAAAUCAGAACCAGGCUUUAAAUCAAUAACUUGCCCAUAUUGCAAUGGGUCUGGAAUGGAAACUAUUAACACAGGCCCAUUCGUUAUGAGGAGCACCUGCAGGAAAUGUUAUGGAACAACUAAAUUCACUAGUUAUCCUUGUAAGGAAUGUUCCGGAAAGGGUCAAAAUUUGCAAAGAAAGAAAGUAAUGAUCCCCGUCCCUGCAGGCGUUGAAGAUGGCCAAACUUUGCGAAUGAAUAUCGGCAAAAAGGAAGUUUUCAUCAAUUUCAAGGUGGCAAAAAGCGAUUAUUUCAAAAGAGAAGGAGCAGACGUUCACACAGAUACAAUGAUAAGUGUUAGUCAAGCUAUUCUAGGUGGGGUAACACGGAUUCAGGGGAUUUACGAGGAUAUUGAUUUAAAGAUACCCGCAGGAACGUCAUCCGGCCAAACAAUCAGAAUACCGAAAAAAGGAAUGCCCAGAGUACAUAGCUAUGGAAUGGGUGAUCAUUACGUUCAUGUGCAUAUCAAAAUUCCUACACGUUUAUCUGCUCAACAAAAAGCUCUUAUUAGAGCCUACGCUGAAAUCGAAUCGGAUACACCUGGUACUAUCAAAGAUUUUACGAAAACUAAAACAGGCUCGUCUACUGAAAAACCUACCCCAUUCACUACUCAAACAGCGAAUAGUAGCGAUUCUUUAUUAAACAAGAUUAAACAAGCUUUAUUCGGUUGAUUUUUUAAGUUCAAGUCACAUGCAAUACGUGAAUUCCGAUCAAAUUUUGAAAAAUAUACGAGAUGUAGUACAAUAAAUUUAAAUAGAUUCCCAAUACGCCCAUUAAUAAAUAAUUGUACAAAUUUAUUGUUAAAUAUUUUGUUAUUUGUUUUUGGUAUUUUUAUAAAAUUUUGAAUUUUUUUUUAAUUUGCACUAAUAUUUUUAUUUCUCCCCCAAGUCGGAAGGGUGGGAGGAAGAUGGCGUCGGUCGAUAGGGAAGAACGUGGUCGAAUAUUUUAAUAUAUGGGUUUGUUAGUGUUUUUAUAUAAUAAAGUUUUUAUUUUAUCAAUAAAAAAUGAUAAAACACUAAAAUAUUAAAACAAGUAAAUAAAAAUAUGUAAAAAUUUAUUAAAUUACU